AGAUAAUUGCCCUAAUAUCCUCAAUAAGUAAUUUUGGAGUUUUUGUCAUAUGAUGUGGGUGAAAAUUGAAUUAGUGUUGAUGAAAUAAAGGACAGGCUUUACAAUCCAGUCUCAAAAACAUUUUUAGAGGAUAUUCUCUGGGUUUCAUAUGAGUUGUGUUUCUGAAAAAGAAAGAUUGAGCAAAUUCCCAAGUUUCUGUCUGAAUCAAGAAACAUUGGGCCAGAAGUAGCAUGUGCAGAACUGCUUUAUCAGAUGGAAUUAAAAAAAAAUGGAUUAUUGAUUCUUUUUCAUAUUGGGAAUUGUUGAGACUUUCAUCUGAAUCCUCUGAAGCUGGUGUCAAGGAAAUAUCAGGUUAUAUAUUUUCGAGUGAACAUCCUCAUAUUGUCAGAAAUAAAUAUCUGGAAAAACUGGUUCCUGUUUACCGGAAAGCUACUGAAGAAGAAAUGGGAUUGUGCCUAGGGGACUGGAAAUACGGUAGUUAUUUUUCCACCAUUUUAACAGAUACGGCGAAAUAUCUCAAAUGGGCUGAAAAGAAAAUUCAUAUGUCAAAUGUGCCAAUCAGACACGAAAAGAUCCGAGCAUUUUCAGAAAUUUCUGGAGAAUGCGACGUGAUUGUGAACUGUACAGGCCUAGGUUCAAAGUUCUUAUGUAAUGAUAGUUCCCUGACUGCCAUAAGGGGACAGGUGUCGAAGGUUGAAGCACCUUGGAUAAAACACUUUUUCUAUGGCGAUUACGACACCUACAUAAUUCCUGGGUUCGAUAACGUAACUCUUGGUGGUUGCCGUCAAUAUGAAUCUUAUGAUAAGAAAUUUAGUCAAUAUGAUUAUUUGUCUAUGAGAGAAAGAUGUGAAAAAAUGUUACCCUCCUUAAGGGAUGCCAAAUUGAUCGGACAUAGAGUUGGCUUGAGACCUCAUAGAAUUCCCGUGAGAGUUGAAAUGGAAGAAAAGAUAGCAAAUGGAAGGAAAUUGAAAAUUGUUCAUAAUUACGGACAUGGAGGAUAUGGUGUGACGACUUGCCCAGGAACAUCUAUUAACGCUGUGCAGCUUGUUAGGAGGGCCUUAACUGAAAAGAGUAAACUGUAAUAUGAUUGUACCUAAUUAAUGAAUCUAGUGUUGACUCCUGAGAGAGGAUAAAAUAGUAAAAUUUAA